UGAAUCCUCCCAUGUAUUGGGCCACGUACACUAGCUGCAGCCAAAUCGUUCAUUAUGGAUCAAGACGGUGUGUACUACUAUCCGCUGAUAAUGGUUCUACUUUUUCCCCUUAUAUACUUGGUAAAAUUCUGCAAACCUUCCCUUUUCUCUCGUCGCCGAGGUCUUCGGCUCCCUCCAGGCCCAUGGCAGAUCCCUAUCAUUGGAAGUCUUCACCACCUCCGUGGCUCACUUCCACACCGUGCCUUGCGUGACUUGUCUCUUCGCUAUGGCCCUCUCAUGUUCCUCAAGUUUGGCCAAGUCCCGGUCGUCGUGGCAUCCACACCAGAGGCUGCAAAGGAGAUUAUGAGGACUCGUGACGCCGUAUUCGCGUCAAGGCCACUGAGCUUCACAAAGAAGAUCAUCCUAAAAGAUGGCCCAGGGAUUGCGUGGGCUCCCUAUGGCGACCACUGGCGGCAGCUUCGCAAGGUCUGCAUUAUGGAGCUCCUGAGCGCCAAGCGCGUUCAUUCUUUCCGGCCCGUUCGAGAGGAAGAGGCAAUCCGACUGGUGCAGUCCAUCAUCAUCUCGUCCAAGAAAACAUCAUCAUCAGUCGUAGUCAACCUCAGUAAGCUGAUUGCCAUGUUCGUCGCCGAUGCUUCCGUGCAUGCCAUCAUGGGCAACGCCAACGGCCGGUUCCAGCAUCGGGACACCUUGCUGCAGUAUGUGGACGAGGGUGUCCGUUUGGCAGGCGGCUUAACGCCGGUCGACUUGUUUCCGUCGUCCUGGUUUGUGCGGCUUUUGACCCGAGCACCGCAAGAGGCAGAGGACUUCCGCCAGUCUUUGUCCACCUUCAUGGAUGGUGUCAUACGUGGGCACCAAGGGAGAAGGUCUCACGGAGAUCAGAAAGAUCAGCCUGAAGAUUUGAUCGACGUUCUCCUCAGAAUCCAACGGGAAGGCAGCCUUCAGUUCCCUCUCAGCAUGAGCAUAAUCAAAGCAGUAAUUUUUGAUAUUUUUGGAGGGGGAGUUGAGACAGCAACCACAACCCUUCAAUGGGCCAUGGCUGAACUGAUAAGGAAUCCUGCUGUCAUGUGUAAGGCGCAGGCCGAGGUCAGGAGAGUCUUCAAGGAGCAAAACAAGGUAACAGAAGAACGAUUGAGCGAGCUAGCUUACCUGCAUUUGGUCAUCAAGGAGACCUUACGAUUGCAUACUCCUGGACCGUUACUGAUGCCAAGGGAGUGUCAAGAACAGUGCAAGAUACUUGGUUAUGAUGUGCCUAAAGGUGCUAAAGUUCUUGUGAAUGCAUGGGCCAUAUCCAGGAAUCCAGAUUAUUGGAGUGAGCCGGACACAUUUGAUCCAGAAAGGUUUAUAGCUGGAGACACAAGAGAUUUCAAAGGUAAUGACUUCGACUUCAUACCAUUUGGUGCUGGCAGACGGAUUUGCCCUGGGAUGACGUUUGGACUUGCUAAUAUUGAGCUUGGUCUGGCGAACCUAUUGUUCUAUUUUGAUUGGAGCCUCCCAGAGGGUGUCAUUCCGAGUGAACUCAACAUGACCGAGACUAUGGGAAUAACUGCUCGAAGGAGAGAUGAUCUCUUGUUAUCUGCUACUCUGCGUGUCCCACUGCCGAGUUGAAUUGUUAUUUCCAUCAAUAUUUCCUUCUGACUUCUAAGAAUAAUUGAUGAGUUACCAUCUGGGAAACAAUGUAAUGUGUACACUGAACCAAUUACCAAAAGUUUCCCACUUGCACCUGCUGUUGGAUGUGUCAUAUAAUUUGAA